GAGUGGGGCCCCCCCCACCUUCGCUGUCCGGGUGCAUCGUCGUCAUGGCAACAGGGCCGCUCCUCGACACCCACGCCGAUCACCCCGAUUCUCUCGCUGUGAAAGCCAGAGAGGGGGAGAAAAAAAAAAAAGCGAGUGAGCGAGAGCUACUCCUCCUCCUCCUCCAUCAGCUUCCUCUUCAUUUUCCCAUCAGUCAUCAAGAUGGAGAACAAGUCGCUGUUCUGCUGGUUGUCUCCUUCCAUUAUGCGCUCUCGUGGGCGUGGCCUGUCAUCCGCAUGGUCGAUCACGCCUGUGCGUUUACGCUAAGAUCACACCAGGAUGGGCCGACCAGUUCCCACAAUAGCGUCUGAAGGUCUCCCCGCCGCCGUCCGCCCGAAACGUCCCCAGCGCCUCCCGGACGUCCAGAACGCAGAUCGACCCCGUCCGAGUGGACCGGAUUGGAAGCAGAUCGGAAGCCUGAAGCAGGAACGCCGUCAGGCUCGGGAACAGAUCGUGCUUUGGAAAAGUUGGAUGGGAGUGCUGCCAAUAGCCACAUGCCUCUGAGUCCGGCUGCUGACGCCAAACAUGAUCGCCCACGCCAACAGGCGGUUACUAACGGCAACCCGACAGGCUCUCCCGUCGCCCGGGACGACGACGCGGAUGACGCGCCCUCUGGAAACAGCAUCGUGGUCCGCAUCGGCAUCCCGGACCUGCAGCAGACGGUAACACACGCGCUAGCUAGCACGCUUCCGGGGCAACCAGGAGGAAGUGCCGGCCGGCCGGGCCAAAGUGAGCAAGUGUGGCAUCAAACGUGUCCGUGUGUGCGUCUGUGGCUCUCUCAGAAGUGUUUGCGGCUGGACCCAGAAUUACCCGUUUGGACCAGUAAGCAGAGGGUUCUGGUCACCUUGACUCAGUCUCUGUCGGAUGUUUUGAACUAUGGUCUCUUCCAGCCGGCGUUCAACGGCCGAGCUGGCAAGUUUCUGGACGAGGAGCGACUUUUGAAAGAGUACCCUCUCCCAAACAUCACGCCCAUUCCAUACCUCGAGUUUCGUUACAAACGCAGAAUUUACACGCAGACUUACGUAGACGACAAGCAGCUGGCCAAGCUGCACACUAAAGCCAAUCUGAAGCGAUUCAUGGAACAUGUCCACCAGAAGAACGUGGAGAAGGUUUCCAAAUGGCUGGAAAAGGGCCUGGAUCCAAACUUCCACGACUCAGACAGCGGCGAGUGUCCGCUGACUCUGGCGGUCCAAUUGGAGGAGAGCUGCGAGCUCAUCAAAGUUCUUCGCAGCGGCGGCGCUCACCUGGACUUCCGCACCAGGGACGGAAUCACCGCUCUGCAUCGGGCCGUCAUGUGCCGCAACAGCUCGGCUCUCACCACCCUGCUGGACCUGGGUGCGUCUCCGGACUACAAAGACAGCAGGGGGCUGACUCCCCUCUAUCACUCCGCCAUGGUGGGAGGGGCCCCCUACUGCUGCGAGCUGCUACUGCAGGACCACGCCACGCUCGGCAUGACCGACGAGAACGGAUGGCAGGAAAUCCACCAGGCAUGUCGCCAUGGGAACGUGCAGCACUUGGAGCACCUGUUGUUUUAUGGGGCUGACAUGAGCUCCCAGAAUGCAUCGGGAAACACCGCGCUCCACCUCUGCGCUCUCUACAACCAGGACAGCUGUGCCAGAGUGCUGCUGUUCCGAGGAGCCAACAAGGAUAUCAAGAACUACAACAACCAGACUGCCUUUCAGGUCGCCAUCAUCGCCGGGAACUUCGAUUUGGCCGAAAUCAUCAAGAUCCACAAAAGUUCUGACGUCGCAGUUCCCUUCCGAGAAUCUCCAUCGUACACCAAGCGGCGCCGACUGGGAGCCAUCAGGUCCCCGGCCGGAAACGGCCUGUCGUCGCCGCGCUCUCUGAUUCGCUCGGUGAGCGACAACGCCCUGGAAAGCCCCGCCUCCUCCCCUGGACCGUCCCUACAAAGCCUGGAAACGCACCUCGACGCGCACACGCACUCGCUACGACGACAUACGCGCCGCCUCAGUCCGAGUGGCGGCGGAGGUCACGUGGAGAGCAGCCCCCCGUCGUCGCCCCCCGCCACCCCGCAGUUGAGGAAGAAGCGGCUGUACAGCGCCGUGCCGGGGCGCACCUUCAUCGCCACGCGCUCCCACGUGCCCCAGGGCUCCGGAGAGAUCCAGCUGCACCGCGGCGAGAGGGUGAAAGUUCUGUCCAUUGGUGAAGGUGGAUUCUGGGAAGGCAACGUGAAAGGAAGAACAGGCUGGUUUCCUGCCGACUGCGUUGAAGAAGUUCAGAUGAGGCAGUAUGACCCCAGGCUUGAGACGAGGGAGGACCGCACCAAGAGGCUCUUCAGACAUUACACGGUGGGCUCGUACGACAACUACACCUCUUACAGCGACUACGUGAUUGAGGAGAAGAUGGCCGUGCUGCAGAAGAGAGAGAGCGAAGGAUUUGGCUUUGUCCUGCGGGGAGCCAAAGCCGAGACUCCCAUCGAGGAGUUUGCCCCCACGCCGGCGUUCCCCGCCCUGCAGUACCUGGAGUCUGUGGACCAGGGUGGCGUGGCCUGGAGAGCCGGUCUACGGACUGGAGACUUCCUCAUUGAGGUGAACGGCGCAGAUGUGGUGAAGGUCGGCCAUCGCCAGGUGGUGGCGCUCAUCCGUCAGGGCGGCAGCCGCCUGCUCAUGAAGGUCGUAUCCGUUUCCCGCAAAUCCGACACCAACCUGCUCAGAAAGAAAGCCCCUCCCCCUCCCAAGCGAGCCCCCAGUACUUCGUUGACUCUUCGAUCCAAGUCCAUGACCGCUGACCUGGAGGAGAUAGCCAGGAGGAGGCGUUUUGAGAAACUGGAUGACAUGUUGGCGGGGAACGCACAGGAAGUUGUUCUGCGGUCCCGGCCCGCCGAUGACUUCCGGGCGGCCACGGUGAAGCAGCGGCCCACCAGCCGCAGAAUCACUCAGGCUGAGAUUAAUUCGUUGUUUGAGCGCCAAGGUCUGGUCCCGCCUUCCGGUCCGGAGAAGAGCACCAUGGCGCUGCCCCGAGGAAUGUCCAGAACCAAAAGUUUUGGCACCCCCGAGGACGACCGCAUCUCCGCUCUGAUCCACGAAAGUCGCUUUCCUCGCAGCUCCUCUCUGACCGACAGCUUCAUCCCGCCGCCUCCCCAGACGGCGCCGCCUCCGCCUCCAUCCCCGCUCUUCCUCCUGGACUCGGGGCCGCCCCCCUCCUUCCUGCCGCCUCCUCCCCCCGCCCGAGGGGAGGGCCUGACCCGGUCCAGCUUCAAACCGGGAGCCGAGCCCAGGCUGCAGGAGCUCUCGGACACGCCGUCCAGGAGCCACGCCGAGCGCCAGAGGAAGGCCCGCUCCAUGAUCAUCCUGCAGGAUACCGCGCCUCAGCUGCAGCCCGAGUUGCACGCCGCCGCCGCCAUGCACGUGUCCCCCUCGCACACUUCCACGCUGUCUCUCCACACCGCCGCCCUCGGACACUCGCCGUUGUCGCGCCGCAGAGGACGGCCCAUCGAAAAUCCAUACGCCAACGUGGGACAGCAGGCCGCCCCGGCCAAACCGCAAAGGAGGAAGUCACCUCUGCUCAAACAACUUCCCGUGGAGGAGCAAGGGCUCAAAGACCAGGACUCAAAGUCGGAGGCCAGCGCCCCGUGCAGCCCCAGCAGGGCGGAGCUCUACCAGCAGCAGGUUCUGUCGGAGCGCGCUCGCGUCCACGGCCGCCGCUCCUCCCUCUUCCUAUCCGUAGAGGGCGCCGUCUCCGACAACCAGGCGCCUCCUCUCCUGACCCAGAGUCACUCCAUGGACGACCUGGGCGAGCUUCCGCCACCCGCGCCCGUCCUUUCGCCCUCGCCGACCCCGCACACGUUCCUGCACCCGCUGACCGGCAAGCCUCUGGAUCCUUCGUCUCCACUCGCCCUGGCUCUGGCCGCACGGGAACGAGCGCUCACCGCCCGCACGCCGAGCCCCGAGCCGCGACCCAAACACGCCUCGGCCUCCGCCACCCCUCUCCCCACCCCGGCCGCCAGCCCGGAGGGCCGCCAUAAGCGCAGCCCGGUGCCCACCCCGCAGAGCAGCCCCGAACCCCGCUCCAAGCGCACCACCCCGCAGACCAGCCCUGAGCAGCGAAGCAAGCGGACCACCCCUCAGAGCAGCCCCGAGCUGCGCCACAAGCGCGCGGCUCCGCCUCUCUUCCCCGACGGGCAGGUGGAGCGUCCCGAGGCGGAGGGCGGAGUGACCUCGCCCGCCGGGCCGUCGCCUGAACGCUGGAGACCCGUCCCGCUGGCGAACCUGGCCAACGAGAGCCACCCGGCUUUGAUUGACAGGCGGAGAAGCCUGACCGUCGGGAGCUCGGAGGAAGAGGGCGGUGCCUAUACGGUGACCCUCCCGCCCGCGCUGUUGUCAUCCAGCGACGAGGAGACGAGAGAGGAGCUCCGCCGGAUCGGCCUGGUGACACCGCCCCCCGGUUUCGCCGCCCCACCCUCCCCCCUCGCCGUAACCCCGCGGCGGAGCGGCGAGGGCGAUGCGGGCCAGGACGACGACGAGGAGCCUCGUGACGGCUCGCUGCCUCCCUCCAUCAGCUUGGCGUCGCCGCCCGCACCGCCUUCCCCCUCCUCGCCGCCCGCCGGCCACCCCUCCUUGGCUCUCAAACCCCGCCUGCGCUCACCCAUCGGCCGUGGCCGCUCGGCCCUCAGGGACCCCCUGCUCAAGCAGUCGUCCGACAGCGAGCUGCUCCCGUCCUCGCCCGCCUCCCCGGCGGCCACCCGCCAGCCGCGCUACCUCUUCCAGCGCCGCUCCAAGCUGUGGGGGGGCGGCGAAGAGGAGGGCCGUCCCGCCGCACUGGGCGGCCAAGGGUCCGGCUCGGCCCUGGAGUUGAGCGGCAGGGCGGAGUCGGGCCUGGACCUUGCCAACAGGCUCCACCUCCUCAACAAAGAUAGCCACUCCCUGGGGGAGGAGCCAAGCCCUCUCGACCCCGGUCGCAGGUCCCCAGUGGGCGGGGCCAGAUGUGUGGAGAGUGGAGAGAGCAAAUCGUUGUUCUCCAGUCUGGGCGAGCUGCACACCAUUUCCCAGCGCGGGUACGGCACCACCUACACGGUCCGCCCGGGAAGUCGCUACCCCGUCACCCGCCGCAGCCCCUCCCCGUCGCCCUCCCCCUCCGACAGGCCGGCGGGCCCGGGCUCCUCCCCCUCGCCCUGCUCGGAGCGCCCGGACCUGAGCUCGGGCCGCGGUCUGACCAUCCUCAAGUCGUCCAGCCUCAGCCUGCCGUCGGAACCCAAGGAGGUCCGCUUCGUCAUGCGCAGCGCCAGCGCCCGAACCCGCUCCCGCUCGCCUUCGCCCUCGCCGCACGCCUCCCCGUGCCCGUCGCCCGUCCUCAGCGGCCCCCUGCUGGCGCUCAGGCCCUGGAGGCAGCGCCCGCUCAGCUUGUGGAACAAGUACGACGUGGGCGACUGGUUGGAGAGCGUGGGGCUGGCCGAGCAUCGCCAGCGCUUCCAGGAGCACGAGAUCGAAGGCUCGCACCUUCCCGCCCUCACCAAGGACGACUACGUGGAGCUGGGCGUCACCCGGCUGGGCCACCGCAUCAACAUCGAGCGGGCCCUCAGGCAACUGCUGGACGCCGCCACUUGACCGCCGUCGCCGCCAUAGGUCUCCUCUCUAUUGCUUUUCUCCACUCAGCUCUUUGAUCGCCGCGGGGCUUUCAAAUCCUUUCCACCGCGACCCGUCAAGACGUGACCGCUUGUCUUGAUUGACGGUCGCCAUUGACUGAAAAUGCCUAACGGUCGACUCCAUUCGUAACGUCAUCCAUCUCCUCUGUCCGUCAUGUCCGUCCCAUCGUGUCCGUCGACCGGUUCUCAUCGACUGGACAAGAAAACGUAAGUCAACUCGUCCACCUAGUUGAUAUUUGCAAGCCCCGAUGCUAAGGUGUUAGCUUUGCCGAGACUGUGUUGGCGAUCAGAGAGCUGAUGUGAUCUUUUUUUUUUUCCUUCCAAUUAUUAGUAUAUGUACUGAACAAUAUGAGUCUUGAUUUUAAAUAUUUCUGAAUAUAAUGGCCUGGAUGCACGCAGCGCAUUUUGGCCUCGGGUGUCAGGUGGCACGUUAAAGUCCCUGUCAAGUGAAAAUAUCUGACGCACCACAGAAAAAGAAUGGUGUCCACCAUCCCGCUAGAUUAGAACGCUUCGUAAAGUGAGCAUUCAAAAUGGCGACAAAUCAAGCCCUCGUCGCCUGUCUUAAAUGCGCGAUCUUUAUCCCGCGGGCCUUUUUCUCUCUGCAACGACGGGGCACUCGAAAGCACGUCGGCUUUGUCUCCAUGAUGUGCGCACACUCGUGGCGAACAGCGAAGGACUCUCAAGCUGUUAGGUUGGAUUCACUUGAGAGGGUUUUUAAUCAGAUGCCAGCCGACCUUGAAACCGGAAGCGCCUUGCAGUCGGUGCGUGAGGUUAAUUUCCCUCAUUUAAAGUUUAUAAGCAACGAUAUGCUCGUGUUGACUUUAUCCUCGUUUCACUUUGGGUUUUACAGUGAGUUGAAUGCCCUCAGAGUUAUUGAUUGUCCAACAGUGCGUGUGCGCGUGUGUGUGUGUGGUACGUGUUGACUGGACAUGGUGCUACAUUGUUGGAAGCCAUUUGUACAGAAAGUAACUUCAUCAUCCUUGAAUCAAUUGAAGCAAAUCCAUCAACCCAAACCCAAAAGACGAAAAAC